GCAAAUGACACACCCUAAAAGCUCUUUGUCCCUUUUCUAGCUAGCUUAAACUGUACACCUUUAUAGUCUAACAAGUCCUAUGGCCGAGAGACAAGACCACGAAAAAGAGUACAUAUUCAGAAAUGUUCAACUCUUCAAGAAUGAUACCCUUGGUACUGGCUCCUACGGGGCAGUGUGUAAAGCCAAGUGUGAUCAGCUACUCUGUGCCGCCAAGCUACUCUAUCCAGUGCUCUUCCAAAUGACUGCUCCCGAUCAUGGCAAAGAACACAGACACCCGUUUAGAAGAUUCGAAACAGAGUGUGCAUUUCUGAGUCGUAUCAACCACCCCAACAUUGUACAGUACCUGGGAACCUAUCGCGAUCCCGACACGAAUGCACCAGUUCUUCUCAUGGAGCUCAUGGACGAGAGUCUGACACACUUCCUGGAAUCAUCACCUGGAGACAUUCCUUACCACAUCCAAGUUAACCUCUCUUAUGAUAUAGCUCAAGCACUUGCCUUUCUUCAUUCCAAUGGGAUCAUCCAUCGCGACCUCUCCAGCAACAAUGUUCUACUGAUUGCAGGCACUCGAGCCAAAGUCACCGAUUUUGGAAUGUCCAAAUUCAGGGACAUAAACGUCACCCGACUAGCCACAAUGACCACAUGCCCAGGAACACCAGCUUUCAUGUCUCCUGAAGCACUAAAGCAACCACCAGUGUACACAGAGAAACUAGAUAACUUCUCAUUUGGUGUGCUUCUAGUUCAGACCACAACUCGGCAGUUUCCAGAUCCAACUGAUCCAUUUGAAACAAGAGAACUGGUUGAUCCACGAUUUCCGACUCAAGCAAUUCAAGCCAACGUUUCAGUACCGGAGGUAAAGAGAAGACAAGCCCACAUCAGCCUGAUUGAGCCCACCUACCCUUUAGUGCUGAUUGCUCGUCACUGCCUCAAAGACAGAGAUGUGGAACGACCAUCUUCCCAACAGCUCUGCCAAGCACUGAACUCUCUCAAGUGGACAGCCAGGUAUCAGAAAAGCUCCCAACAAGACCUGCACCAGAUACUCAGAGAGAAAGAUGAACAACUACAAACGAGUAAACAAAAUAUAACAAAAAAAGAGGAAAAACUGCAAGAAAAUCAACAGCUUAUAACGGAAAAAGACAUACAGCUACAAACAAAUCAAGAGACAAUAACACAAAAUAACGAGCAAAUACAUACAAAGGACAUUGAAAUUGGCCAACUCACUACAAGACUAAACCAAUCAACACAAGAAAACCGAAUCCUCCAGCAAGAUAAAGCAACCAUUCAACAUGAGGCUGAAGCGAGGGAGAGACAGCUGAGGAAACUCAACCAGGAGUUGCAAUCAAGUGAGGAAAAAACUGCUGCCCUCCAACAAGUCAUCGAUCAACGAGACAGAGAAGUGACUGAAUUGAGACAAACGUUAGCGAGUAAGAGCGAAGAAAUUCACGAUCUACCGAUUCGAAUGGACCAAGUCGCAUUACAAGAAGAGCAAGCCACACUAAUGAAAUCUGGUACAACAAAGUCACUACCUGAUGUACCUGUUGUUAUAAGGUAUGGAUCGUCAUCAGCCGUGAUUAGAGAUAAGGCAUACUUUAAUUCAUAUGGAAAUAAAACUAUUUAUGAGUUCAGCAACAAUCAGUGGCACGAGUUACCACGAUGCCCUAACAAAUACUUCACUAUUGUCAGUGUUGAUUACAUGCUCACAACUGUUGGGGGAGCAUCAGUCACACAACUAUAUAGUAACAAACUCUACAGCUACAUUAACAACAGAUGGGUCGAGCACUUCCCUCCCAUACCAACCGGACGAUGGGGACCUGGAGCUGUGUACGCUAACAACAUCUUUGUAGUGGCUGGGGGACAAUGCGAUUCAAAAAAUUUGAAUAAAGUUGAAGUAUUAAACACUGCUUACAUGCAAUGGUCUAUUGUUAGCUCACUACCUGUGCCAAACGAUCGACCAGCAACAACUAUCUGUGGAGACUAUGUGUACAUACACCCACGAACUAUUGAUACUCAAGAUAAGUAUUCAGUGUACAAAUGCUCAUUAAGUCAACUAACUGAGUCCCAGCCAAGCUCAGCUAUAUGGGAGAAGAUUUCCCCUUUGCCAGUUAGCAAGUCCUCUUUUGUUACCAUCAAUGAACACAUGCUGGCAGUGGGUGGGGAGGACUCCAAUAGAGAUGACACUAAGAAUAUAUAUCAGCACAAUGAAACAUCGUGGAUUGUCAUUAGUCAAUUGUCAACACCUCGAUCAGUAUGCCUCACUGCUGCCCUCCCAGGGAACAAACUGAUGGUGGUGGGAGGAGAUGAUACAUACAAAAAAUGUGAAAUAGCUACUUUUGUAUAGUACCAAAAUUUUUCUUUGUGUCCGUACACUGUACAUGUAUAUAUACAGAAGAUUUGAUCGUUGCAAGUGUUGAAAGUUAUAAUUAUGACAGCACAAUAAGUAUUAAGUUGGAAAUGAACGAUAUUUGAUCUUA